AAGGCACUCAUCAUUUGCAUCACAUCUCAGAAAACCCUCAGAGGAGUUGAAACAAUCAAGAGAUUGAAUCAUGGCUUGCUGGUCUGCAGAAAAUGCCACAAAGGCCUAUCUCAGCACUUUGAAAAUGGGUCAAAAGUGCAAAGAGCCAGAUGUGGCUGAGUUCAUAUCAGCACUUGCUGCAGGAAACAAUGCACAACUGAUGGUUGUGGCAUGUGGUGGUGCAGCAGACUCCACCACGCUUGCAUUGGUUGCUGCUGCUCAUCAAACUGGCGGCCAAGUGAUUUGUGUUGUCCCUGGCCAUGAAGAGCUGAGAGCCUCAAAAGUUGCCUUGGGAGUGGCUUCUCAUGAAGUUCAAUUCAUGGUAGGAGAAGCUCAGGAGCUUCUGUUAAACCAAUACGAUCAGGCAGCAGAUUUUGUUCUCAUUGACUGCAACCUUGAGAAGCACGAAGAGAUUUUGAAAGCAGUUGAAGAGGGUAGGAAGGAAAAUGGGACGGUGGUCGUGGGGUACAAUGCAUUUAGCUGCAGAAAGUCUUGCUUGGCAUGUGGAUCAAAAACACAGCUUCUUCCCAUAGGAGAAGGUUUGCUAGUGACUAGAUUUGGAAUGACUGAAACAAGUCCAAAGUAUGGAAGCAGAAUGGGAAAAUUCAAAAGCCGAUGGGUUGUAAAGGUAGAUAAAUGCACAGGCGAGGAACAUGUGUUCAGAGUCAGAUCUCCUCACAGGAAAGUCAUCCAAGCUUAAUCAUAUGCAUCAAUAUAUAUACUGCUAAAUUCACCAUUUUGUUCUUAGACAAAUGAGUGCUAAAUCUUGCUUCUGAUAUGAAGCACCGUAGGAAUUAGUAAGUACUAUUCUACAAUGUAUAUACCAAAUUAUAAACAUAAUUGUUUUGUAAACA